AUGCAAUUAAAAGAAUAAGACAAAGUACUUAUUGAAGUAUUGAAGAAAAAUGAGAUGACUGAGUAGAAAAAGAAAAAAUUUUAAAAUUCAAUAAAAAGUUUAGUUCAUUUCCUGAAACAACUUGAUUAUGAUCCAUUUAAAACAGAGAUUGAAUAUUGCAUCUUUGGAUCAUAAUUAAAUGGAUUUGGAACAAAGGAAUCAGAUGUGGAUUUCACAUUUCUCACUAAUUCUUAUGUUGAUGAAAGGAUUGCUCUUAGAUAUUUAAGAUAAGAAAUCUAAUCUGUUGAUUAAAAUAAGUUCAAAAUUAAUGAAUUGGUAGAAUUUGCCAGAAUUGCUGUAAUGAAAAUACAAGAUUAAACUAGUGAAAUAGAAAUAGAUAUGUGCUUUAACAAUCUGUUAGGAGUAAUCAACACUAAGUUAUUGAAUGCAUAUGCAAACUUAAAUGAGAAAGUUUAAUAAGUAUUUAUUAAUAUUAUAUAUUAGGGCGGAAUUUUAUUAAAAUUAUGGGGCAAGAAGUAAGGAAUAAUAAAUAAAAAUUGUUUUUCUUCUUAUGCUAUAUUAAUUAUGUGGCUACAUUUCUUAUAAGAAAAGUAUCAAAUGCCCAAUCUUUAGGAUAAAUAAUAUAAAAGCUCUAAAUAAUAAUAGACAAAAUUAAUGAUUAAAAGAAAUAUAGAAGGUAAAAAGGAAAGCAGCUUUGAAGUUGAUGUCUUUUUUGUAAAAUAUUUCAAUUUAUUUAAGGUAUAUAAUGGAGAAAAAUAUAAAUAACUGAAGGAUUAAUUUGACAAAGUUAUCUCUUAGGUUCCCCUAACGAUAUUAUUAAAGGAUUUUUUUGAAUAUUAUUCAGAUUAAGGGGAAGGAUUUACACAGUAAUAUAAGAUUUCGAUCAAUGAGAAAAAAUUAAAAGAGGAAGGAGAAAAAUAUUCAAUGAGUGAUCCUUUUGAUUAAGAGCAUGAUCCCAUCAAGAAAAUCAGAAAUAAUUUUAAAGAUUAAAAGAUAUUCAAUUCAGCUGCAAAAAUCAUAUUAAAUAAUCCUUAGACUAUGUUCUGA